AUGUCGCAGCAACCUCCUUACUGGCAGGGUUCCCAGGGCGGCGCGCCCCCUCAGCCGGGCUAUCCGGGACAGCAGCAACCUGGCCAGGGUUACUACCAGCCACCUCCAGGCCAGCAACCGCCUUAUGGCUACCAGCAGCAAGGCCCACCUGGAGGACAGCCAAAUCAGCCAUAUCCUCCUGCAGGUCAACAAUACCCUCCUCCGGGUCAGCAAGGUCAAUACCAGCAGCAUUCACAAGGUUAUUCACAACAGCCUCCUUACGGACAGCAACCCCCAGGACAGCAAGCUCCUUAUGGGCAACAGCCUCCUCCGGCUCCUUAUGGACAGGGACAGUAUCCGCCCCAGCAAUACGGCGGCCCUCAGCAAGGCCAGCCUCCAUACCCUGGCCAACAACAGCAGCAGCAGCAACCACCUUACCCCAGCCAGCAGUGGCACCAGCAGCCUGGACAGCAGCAAUAUGGCGGACCCCCAGUCAACGUCCCUCCAACUCCAGCAUCGCCAGGUUAUGACCCAGCCCAGAAAGCAUGGGUUAAGCCUGUAGACACCACAGCAGACGUGGAGGCUCUUCGAAAGGCCAUGAAGGGAAUGGGCUGUGAUGAAAAGGCCCUCAUUCGUGUUCUCGUCAGCCCCAAAUACGCGGAUCCAUGGACAAUGGCUCAGCUGGUCCGCGACUACAAUAGCCGCUUCAUGCGCGAUCUCGCAAAGGACAUCGAAAGUGAGACCCGUGGCGACUUCGAGACAUGUCUUCUCGCUCUGAUCCGCGGACCAUUGGAGAAUGACGUGCAAAAUCUGUCAAAGGCUCUCAACCGCGCUGGCACCGAUGAAGAUGCCUUGAACGAUGUUCUUCUCUGUCGCUCCAACGCUGAUAUUCGCGCCAUUACCGCAGAAUACAAGCGCUUCCGAGGCAAGGAACUUCUGGUUGAUAUCAAGGAAGACGUUGAUGACACCCUCUACCGACUCUACAGCAUGGUCCUUGCCGCCAGGCGAGCGGAGGAUAACGCUCCGGUGAUUCCUCACGAGAUUGACCAGAAGAUUACAGAACUUCAGAGGGCCACUGAGGGUACAAUCGGUGCCAAUGCUGUCUCUGUAGCGCAGAUAUUCACCAGCAGCAACGACGCCCAAGUUCGGGCCAUGAGCGACGCAUAUCAACACAAAUAUCACCGUAGUCUCGAGAGUGUCAUUGAGAAGGAGUUCCGCGGUGACAUGGAAGACGUGCUACUGCGGAUUCUCUAUCAUGCACAGGAUCGAGCUCGUGCUGAUGCAGGCAGGCUUAGUAUGCCACUGAACAAGUCGAUGCGCAAGGAUCGUCUCUUCAUCAACAGACUCGUCAGCCUAUACUGGGACCAGGGGCGCUUGUAUCAGACAAAGCAGGCGUACAAGCCAGUGACUGGUGCUACGUUGAGUGGGAAUAUCAAGUCGGUUCUAAGCGGUGAUUACAAGGAUUUUGCUCUGGCAUUGAUCGGUGAGAAAUAG